GUUUGAAAUUUUUAUACGAGCAAAGACAGAUUUCCUUGAGUUGCAAAUGCUUGCAGUUCCACUCCAGACUUCGUUCGGGCGAGUUACAUAUAAAUGAAAGUAGCUAACAACGUUUUAUCAAAUCUAAUAUUGAAGUUUCAACAAGCAUGCUUUCAAAGCUUGCCUUCUCAGCCUUCUCGAUCUUGGUUUUGCUCGGGAGUUGGAUUAGUAGCACCGCAGCCUUGGAUUCGGUGGUGAGGAGUUUAUCGAAAAACUGGACUCUACCGGCCAAAUCUCGAGACGAGAUCAAUAUAAAAGCAGGGAAUUUGCUUCCGAUCGUUGUCAAGGACGAGAACGGCGUCCUCUACAUGACCUGUCAGCAGUUCAAUGCAGAAUCCACGGUGUUGUGUAAGGUGACGCUGGAAAGGUGGCCUUUUGAGGACGGAGCCUACGAAACCACUUGCGACGGCGUGGAGAUAUCUGCCGUGCAAGAUCUGCGCGAUCUCUCGGACAUUUCACUCUACUCCCUCGCGCCUGACAAAGUGCUUAUAGUGCACACGCGGUACGAGGACAUGUCAAACAACUUUGAAGAAAAUUUCAAUUUGACCAUUCUCGAUAUGGCCGAUUGCACCACCGCGAGUCUCGAUGGCUACGGCAAUUCGUUCAACUCGAUGCCCGUACUGCACCGAGAUCACUUUGCGAUGAUUUUCAAAGCCGGAAAAUAUUGCACUGCUGAGCAGGCCUGCAAAGUUAGUUUGGAUUUCGAGGGAAAGCGAAUCAAUGAUUCCCAACCUUUCGACGCUGGCAGAAACAAUUUGCUACUGCUGCCAGUGUCGUACGAUUCGCCGGAACUGGGAUACUACUCGUUCAACUUUACGGACGAGCCCAAUACUUUUCGAUUCAGUUACGUCAGUUGGUCUGGUCAGGAGAAGCUGCUCCUAACCGACUCGAACGAUGUGAUCCCGACGAAGAUAGGGCACUCGAAUGCUCACGAACUUCAUGGCGUUUGUUGGAUACAUCAUGACGGCUCGAGUUGGGCGCGCUGUGCUCAAUUCGAUACGGAAAAAUUGAGGAUGAACGUGACUGUCAAGUUGCCCGGAAUGGCACAAUGGCUGGCAGUUCAUAAUUUAGACGACGGAUCGGGCAUUCUUCUGGCUACGGGUGACACUGUCAGAAGGAGAGGCAAGUCUGCAGAUGCGCCACAUUUCUGCGAAGGAUUUCGACUGCAGAGAAUCCGAUCUGACGGAACAAAAUACGAGUCGCUGUGUAUCUCUGGUUCCGAACUGCAGAGUAUCAACUUUCAUAGUUACUUCGAAGCACAGAUAAUCGAGAAGGGAAGUGCCUUUUGCGUCAUUUGGGUCGUCAGGGACGAGAAUAGAGAUACAUUAUCUCUGCUGUAUGAAAGAAAAUGUAUACCGAAGAAAUACCUUUAACGCAUACCAAAAUUAAUUUAAAGUCUGCGAUAUAACAAAUAUGUAUGUAAUUUAAGUCUUGACGAAUAAAAGACAAAUGUUAGUAAAUAAUAUCAA